GACUGUGUCUCGGCAAAUCGUGUGUUCCGGUUUGGAGCGGUUCAUCUGCGGUGUUGCUGCGGUACACUGAGUGCGUUCGAUUGGACACAGAUACACACCCUGCUGUACCGACGAGAGCAAGUCUUCCAGUUGCCUGCACUGAGAUCAACACUGUCAUUUCCAAAUUGAAGGAUCUCAUAGUUUCAGCUAUGCCUCCUCCUGUCCGUCAUCGCUCCAUGCGUGUCUUUGUGAACGACGAUCGUCAUGUCAUGAACAAGCAUGCCGCUAUCUAUCCCACGCAAGAGGAGCUCGAGGCUGUGCAGAAUAUGGUCUCCCACACUGAGCGUGCCCUCAAGGCCGUGUCUGAUUGGCUGGAUGAGCAGGAGAGGGCAUCUGCAAAACCGAAUCCCAUUCAGUCUGAAGGAGGUGGAGAUAAAGAGAGUGAGCCCAAAUCAGCAGAGCAGACCACACGCUCCCUGCGUGGCGUGAUGAGGGUGGGCCUGGUGGCCAAGGGCCUACUUCUGAAGGGGGAUCUGGAUUUAGAGCUUGUGCUUCUCUGCAAAGACAAACCCACAACCACACUGCUAAGGAAAGUGGCUGAGAAUCUUGUUGUGCAGCUCAGGCUCGUCACUGAGGAGAAGUAUGAGGUGCUGCAGUUUAUCCGUGAUGCCUGCAUCAUGAUCAAAAACGCCAAGCAGCCCGCUCUUAAUCUCACCAUUCACCUGACGUCACCUGUUGUCAGAGAGGAGGCUGAGAAGCUGGCUGCUGGAGAAACGCUAUCAGUCAACGAUCCCCCGGAUGUACUGGACAGGCAGAAAUGCCUGGCUGCCUUGGCGUCUCUUCGCCACGCCAAGUGGUUCCAGGCCAGGGCCAAUGGGUUGCGCUCAUGUGUGAUUGUCAUCCGGAUCCUGAGGGAUCUCUGCACUCGUGUUCCCACUUGGGCCCCUCUUAAAGGAUGGCCUCUUGAGCUUUUGUGUGAGAAAUCAAUUGGCACAGGGAACCGGCCAAUGGGAGCAGGAGAAGCUCUUAGAAGAGUUCUGGAGUGUUUGGCUUCUGGAAUCCUAAUGGCAGAUGGUUCUGGCAUCUCUGAUCCCUGUGAGAAAGAGCCAACUGAUGCCAUUGGUCACAUGGACAUCCAGCAACGAGAGGAUAUCACCCAGAGUGCUCAGCAUGCUCUGAGGCUUUCUGCUUUUGGGCAGCUUCACAAAGUACUAGGAAUGGACCCACUUCCUUCUAAAAUGCCCAGGAAACCGAAGAGUGAAACCCCCAUCGACUACACAGUUCAGAUUCCUCCAAGCACAACCUAUGCUCCUCCCAUGAAACGGCCUAUUGAAGAGGAGGAGGGCAGUGACGACAAGAGCCCGAACAAGAAGAAAAAGAAGCUUCAGAAGAAAUCACCAGAUGAAAAGUCGGAGCCCCCUCAGGCCAUGAAUGCUCUGAUGCGGCUGAACCAGCUAAAGCCUGGGCUCCAGUAUAAGCUCAUUUCUCAGACUGGGCCUGUUCAUGUGCCAGUCUUCACCAUGGCCGUGGAAGUUGACGGCAAGACCUUUGAAGCAUCUGGUCCCUCUAAACGCACUGCCAAACUCCAUGUAGCAGUUAAGGUUUUGCAAGACAUGGGCCUUCCCACAGGGGUAGAGCAAAAGGUUGCUGAACCUGCAAAAGCAGAGGUGGUGCCACCCAUUACAGAGACAGAGGUGAAGACUUCAGUCCCGUCAACUGAAAAAGAGGCUUCAUUCAAUGCAACCACAAACUCUGAGGCUGCUGUGAGCACUGAGGGCGCACGGCAUCAGGGCCCCAUUUUGACAAAACACGGCAAAAACCCAGUGAUGGAGCUUAAUGAGAAACGUAGAGGCCUCAAAUAUGAGCUCAUCUCUGAGACGGGUGGCAGCCAUGACAAAUGCUUUAUCAUGGAGGUAGAGAUAGAUGGGCAGAAGUUCCAGGGUACCGGCUCCAAUAAGAAGGUGGCAAAGGCUUUUGCAGCUCUAUGUGCUCUGGAGAAACUAUUCCCAGAUGGCUCCAGCUCUGAGGCAUCCAAGAAGAAGAAAUCAAUGCACACUCCUGGUUUUGGAAUGACGAGUGGACCACCUGCUGAUCCAGCAGCCAAUCCCAGAGGCAGAGGACGAGGACGGGGUAGAGGCCGCGGGAGAGGGUUUAAUAAUGGCGGAGGAUAUAAUCAAGGUGGCUAUGGAAGUUAUGGAUAUGGGAACAGUUCUAACUCUGGCUACAAUUACUACAAUAAUGGCGGAGCUAAUGGAGGCUCUACAGGUAUGGUCCCUGGAGCAGGUGGAGCAGUCUCAGCUGGAGGUCCUCCAGGAACAGGUGGCUUUUCCUCAUAUUACCAGAAUGAUGGUGGUUACUCCACCCCAGGUGCACUGGGCAAGACCCCUGGGAAAAAACUGCCAAUGCACCAGGGACCGAAACCUCCAGGCACAGGACCAUCUCCUGGAACUUACCAGAAUCCCACAGGCUCAGGGCAAAGCUCCUAUGGCCAGUAUGGGCAGGGCUACGGCCAGGGCAAGAAGAACUUUGGCCAGACUCCAGGUGGAGCUACAGGUGGCGGUUACGGCAACUACAGUACAGCUUACCCUUCCCAGGUGACAGGAGGCCCAGGGUCUCAGGACUACGGCUAUGAGGGUUAUAGCAACCCAUCAAACUACAGUGCACAAGGAUCCAAUCAGAGCUAUGGUACCAACUCUGGACAGUACCAUAAUCCCGGAGUGGGCUAUGGUCGUGGCGAUGGCAGCAUGAACUACCAGUACAGAUAGACUGAACCUACCAGUCACGUGCUCUUCACCACCAUCUCAGUUUUUGGUUGUACACCUUUUCCAAACAAAUUUUGUACUUGCUCAGCUGUUCUCACAGAUAUCUUAGUAGUUCUAUAAGCUUAGGAAGGAAGUACUUGUGUUCUAUUCCCCCCCCCCAGGUUUGUGGUGGCGUUUUAUCUUCUGUUUGGUAUGUGCUUGCUUUUUUUUUUUUUUUAAAUAUAAAUGCAUUCCCAGACUACUUCCUGUGGGGAGAGAGCCACCACAAUCAUGCAUGUUUGAGACCUCGGUUUAAAUCGGCUUUUCUAUUACAUUUCUCAGCUGGUUAGGUGAUCGUUGAAAACUAGCACACCCAUUUCCCCCCUCCCCCUUUUUUUUUUUUUUAAACAAAAAGUUUUAAGUUUCCGUUUUAGCCCCCUCCUUAGAAUGUCUUUGAAUAUCAAUGUUAAUUUCCCUGUCAUUGUAGACAGUUAUUGUAAUUCUUUUAUUGACGUUGUGAAAGAUGUGCAGUGUAGAUUCAGUUUACAGUUGCUGUUUGUUUUUUCUGGGGGGAAAUUCUAUUUUUAGGAACAAUGUGUGUCACUGUAUGUUGUAAGUGGUGAUCAUAUUGGAAGGAAAGAAAUUGUGAAGUCACUGGACUUGUCUGGCUUUUGUGUUCUUAAUAUAAUACUCUUGACCUGUUCCAACUAUUA